AUGCUCUACCUCGUCGGCCUCGGCCUCUCCAAUGAAAAAGACAUCACCGUCGCCGGUCUCGAGAUCGUCAAGAAAUGCGCCCGCGUCUACCUCGAAGCAUACACCAGCAUCCUCAUGAUUGACAAGGCCAAACUCGAAGAGUUCUACGGCCGCGAGGUGAUCAUCGCAGACCGCGAAAUGGUCGAGUCCUCCUCCGACGAGAUCCUCUCCGGCGCAGGCAGCACCGACGUUGCCUUCCUCGUCGUCGGUGAUCCAUUCGGAGCCACCACGCACACCGACCUGCUGCUGCGCGCGCGCGAGCUGGCCAUCCCCUUCCGCACAAUCCACAACGCAUCCAUCAUGAACGCCAUUGGCGCGUGCGGGCUGCAGCUGUACAACUUUGGGCAGACGGUGUCGAUGGUGUUCUUUACGGAGAACUGGCGGCCGGCGAGCUUUUAUGAUAGGAUCAAGGAGAAUAGGGAUGUGGGGCUGCAUACGCUGGUGCUGCUGGAUAUCAAGGUCAAGGAGCAGAGCCUGGAGAAUAUGGCGAGGGGCAGGAGGGUGUAUGAGCCGCCGAGGUAUAUGACGGUUGCCCAGUGCGCGCAACAGAUGCUCGAGAUUGAGGAGGAGAAAGGUGAAGCCGCAUACUCACCUACCACGCUCGCCAUCGGCGUGUCCCGCCUCGGCUCAGAGGACCAGCAGUUUGUGGCGGGAACACUGAAGCAGCUUUCAGAGGCGGAUCUGGGCCCGCCGCUGCACUCGCUGGUGCUGCUGGGAAAGCGUGUGCAUGAGCUCGAGAUCGACUAUAUCCGCCCGUUUGCGGUGGAUGUGGAGGAGUUUAAUAGGGCGUAUGAGUUGGAGCACGGGAAGAAGGCUGCUUAG